UUCGUAAUCCUUCCUCAAAAAAAAAAUAAAAAACAAAAAAAAUCAUCGUAAUCCCUCUGUAAUUAAAAAAUAAUAGCAGCAACAACCCUAAUCACCAUGAACGCCAAACAACCCUGAAGAAACUGAUGAGGAAUAUGGCGGCAGCGGCGGAUGAUGAUAUGAUGAUGACAACAUUGAUGGGUUGAAGAAGGAGAUUCGGGUUUUCUUUCACAAAUUUUAUGGGAAGAAGGCCGGGAAAAUGGCGCAAGAAAAGCUUAGGAAGAUUACAUAAAAGAUUUGAUCCUUUUUUGUUUUUGUUUUUGUUUUGUUUUGAGUUUUUCUACAGCAGAUAACUUUGUGUUGAAUUUUCAGUAUUAUAUCUAUGCCUAAAUCAAAGGGUAGGUAAGUGGACCUUAUGUUGCAUGAAUCUUGUUUAGAUAUUUCAAUUAUGGGUAACAUUGUCAAUAAUAAACUAGUUUAUUUUUUUGUCUCUUCCUUUCCCAAUGGUUUUCAAGCUGAUAACUUUAACCAUAAAUAUAUGUUACAUUGAAGUGGGUACUGUUGAAUUUUGUGGCUUCUUAAUUCUUGGUGAUCUAGUUCCAAACAACUUUGCUACAUAUUCUUAUUAAAUUAUUAACUUUUGUAACAACUACACAUAUGGCUGUGGACCUCACACUAAUGCGUGUAAUUUGCAAAUAAAUUAUUUGUUUAGUAGGGAUCUCUAUCGUUUUUCAAUUCCAAAACUGGAGCAUAUACUUUUGGCCGAGACAUUCAUGUACAUUUUUUCCCCCAAGCUGGGUGCCUCAAGCCAAUGCCAAAAAGCUCUCUCUGUUUCCAGCCAGAAGAGACCGAUACUAGUGAACUUUGGCGAUUCCAAUUCUGACACUGGAGGAGUACUUGCUGGGACUGGACUUCCCAUUGGCCUUCCUCAUGGCAUCACCUUUUUCCACCGAGGCACAGGCCGCCUUGGUGAUGGGCGGCUCGUGAUUGAUUUCUUCUGUGAACACCUGAACUUGAGUUUCUUAAGUCCAUAUCUGGACUCACUGGCGCCUAAUUUUACAAGUGGAGUAAACUUUGCAGUAAGUGGAGCAUGCACUCUACCACAGCUUGUCCCAUUUGCACUAGAUGUUCAAGUUCGGCAGUUCAUCCGCUUUAAGAACCGCUCACUCGAACUCCUGUCAAUGGCAGGUUCAGGAAAUUUCAUUGAUGAAUCUGGAUUUCGUAGUGCACUUUACAUGAUUGAUAUCGGAGAGAAUGAUCUUCUACUUGCCUUGUACGCAUCAAAUCUCACCUAUUCACCAGUUGUAGCAAGGAUCCCAUCUUUUCUUGCAGAAAUUAAACUAGCUAUCCAAAAUAUUUAUCAGUAUGGUGGUAGAAAAUUUUGGAUACACAACACUGGACCUUUGGGUUGUGCGCCUAAAGAACUUGCUCUGCAUCCCCACAAGGAGAGUGACUUGGAUCGGAUUGGAUGCCUUCGUGUUCAUAAUGAUGUUGCGAAAGCCUUCAACAAAGGACUUCAUAAGCUAUGCAAAGAAAUGAGAUUAGUAUAUGAGGAUGCAACAAUUGUGUAUGUCGAUAUAUAUGCCAUCAAAUAUGGUCUCUUCGCCAACUACAAACGAUAUGGUUUUGAGGCACCAUUGAUGGCUUGUUGUGGGUACGGAGGGCUUCCAAACAAUUACAAUGUGAAAGCAACAUGUGGGCAACCUGGUUACAGCAUCUGCAGAAAUGUCUCUCGGGCCAUAAUAUGGGAUGGAGUUCAUUACACUGAUGCUGCAAAUCAUGUUGUUGCGACGAGCAUCUUGUCUGUGCGCUAUUCCACACCCCCGGUGUUUUUGUCUUUGCCUUACAAUUCCUCAAUAAUUUCCAGGUGCUAUGAUUUAUGAGUGAAAAUAAACUUCUGUGCCAGACAAAAUCAUUUGAAUGCAACCCCAACACUAAAAAAAAAUGUUACAAAGAUAAUGAAAAUUGCAAAAAAAAAAAAAAAAAACUCUAAAAUUUUAUAUCAUCUUUGGAUAUUGAAUAUUUUAAUGAA